AUGAAAAUCCAUGUUUAUGAUAUUUUUGCUAUUGCCCAUAAAUAUCAAGUAGAAAUGCUAAAGUAUUUGUGUGAAAAUUUUAUGUAUCGCAAUAUUGAUAAUGAGAGUAUUGUUAAAUGUUGUGGGAUUAUUAACUUAUAUGGUGCUCCAACUUUGGAGAAGGCAUGCAUAAAUUAUAUUCAAGCAAACAGAAGGAAUUUUUUAAAAAGUAAAGAAUGGAAGAAAAUUAAAAAUAAUUAUCCAAGUUUGGUUCCGCGAUUUUUGGAACCUAUUAUCGAAAGAUUAAACAGAUAA